ACUCACUUUCCUUGAAUUCCACAAUGUCCCCAAAUUAAAUUUUGGUAUCACAAUACUCGAGGGGUAUAAUUGUCAUCUAUCGUGUCCUCGUAUUUAAACAAAGAGGCAUUAAAACGCGCACUCUCUCUCUCUCUCCUCAGUUCGCACUCCCUCCACCUUCAUACUCCGUAGUUCUUAACAUUAUUUUAUAAUAAAAAAAUCCCUUAGAAUUAUUUUGACAAAUUUCUGUAAUGUCCAACACCAAAAUUCUAAACCUAAUCACUUCUACAAACCCACAAUUUCGCCGGAAAACAUCGAAUUCCGGCUACUAUGCCCUACACGUGUCGCCGGCGGCGUCAUCGGUCACGCCGGUGGUAUCAUCAAGAACCUCGAACGAGAAACCUCCGCCAAAAUUCGUGUUGACGACGUCGUUUCAUCGUCCUGUAAAGAACGCCUUGUUCAUGUUAUUGGGGGAAGUACCGUUAACCGGAAGGUGCGGGUUGCUAACUUGGAGGUGCCGGUUUCGGCGGCGCAAGAGGGUUUGAUUAGGGUUUUUGACCGGAUGCUGGAGGUGGGUUUACCGGAGGUUGAUGGUGGGAAGGUGACGUGUCAGUUACUGGUGGGACCUGGGUUGGUUGGAGCUGUAAUGGGUGCUGGAGGGAAAAGAAUUGAGAAGACGGCCAAGGAGAAUGGUGUGAAAAUCUCCAUUUUCCCGCCUAAUGAGUUGAUUCUACCUUGUGCUAGUUUUAACGAUGAAUUGAUUGAGAUUAGUGGUGGUAGCCUAGCUGUAAAAAAAGCUCUGUUAGCUGUUUCGAGAUAUAUUCAACAGAGGACUUUGCAAAUCACAAAAGCUAAUGGAGCACCUGCAGUGAAUGAAAGAGAUGUAGCAGAAGUGGUUUUCAAAUUACUUUGUACAUGGGGGGCGGCUGGUGCUGUGAUAGGCUUCAAAGGUAGAAGAGUGAAAGCUCUCGAGGAGGAAACUGGGGCUUCUAUACUGCUUUCUGCUCCUGAUGAUAACAGAGUUGAGCGUGUCAUCACUAUUUCUGCUUAUGAGAACAGGAAAUCAAAACAUUCCUCUGCACAAAAUGCUCUUGUUCGUGUAUUUAAUGGAUUAAUGUCAUCAGGGGAGAAUGUAUCUGCCAGACUUCUGAUCCAGCCCAGCCAAUCUGGUCACCUAAAUGUUUUAAGGGAUUCAAUCACUUCUUGUAUACCGAAAGCAACUGGUGCUACAUUGCAAAUUUUGGAACAGAAUUACACACAUGCUGGUGCUUCUGCCGACGAUAAAAUUAUACAGAUAGAUGGUGAGUAUGCUAGUGUGCAAAUUGCUCUAUUCCAAGUCAGUUGGAUGCUGAGAGAGUGUGUUUUUGAUGCAAUAUCUGUUAAGAACAACUCACCUCUUCUUCCACAUAAGUUAUUCAAUCUGCCUCAGUGUCUCAACGAAAUGUCUGCUAUAACAAAGAAUAUGGAGGACUGUAUAGUCACUGAAGAAUCUAAUGGUUCCGUGCCAUCUAAGGUUCUACAAUCUGAGCUGUCCAGUGGACACAGCCGCUCUGCUAGUAUAGAACAUUCAAGAGAUUUAACGACAGUUACUGUUGAUUCUGAAUAUGGCAGCAUCAACAGAUCUGUUAUUGUGACAAAUUCGAAGAUGGAGAUAUCUGUUCGAGCAGAUGUGUUUAGUUCUGCUUUUGGAGAUGAUGGCAGUAAUUUAUCUCGUAUACGAACGAUUUCAGGAGCAAAAGUUGAAGUGCAGGAUCAUUGCCCGGCGAGUGAUCGUAAGGUUUUAAUAUCCGGGACACCUGAUCAGACUUUAGCAGCUCAGAGCCUCCUUCAGGCGUUUAUUAUGGUUGAUCGAUGACUGUCAAAGGCUGUUGCUAUCACGCUUGUGCAGAUACCCGCUGAUCUCUGUAAAUAAGAUAGGAGUGAAUAUUCUUUUGCUAAGUGUGUCAAUGUAGAAAGCCAGGAUAUUUUCCACUCGAGGGAGCCAAUACAGAGAGUAGCAGAGUACUUCAUGUAUAUUGUUGCAAGUUUACAAUUAGAAAGGGGGUGGCCUCUUUAGUUAAUGGCCGUAAUGCUUGCUUUAGAAAUGUUACUCCUACCACUAACCAGUGUUCAAUGUAGGCUUUAGCUAAUGCUACCUGGUGAAACUAGUUUGUAACCUUAUUGACUAAUCUUUUCGUCGUAAAUUAUAAGCUUCAUUGUUGGCAUAAA